AUUUCCUUCUCGAAGCAAUCUCGCGUGUCCGGCGAAAGUGGGAGGAGGAGCACAGGAGGAUGGACGACCCAGAUGCGGCCGAGUUCACUGCGUACGAGCAGAACAUGCAACUCGUGACGAUCGACCAAGGCGCUGUAUUACAGACCAGCCAGGCGGGUCAAAUGGUGGUCCUGCCCGCGACUUCGACGGGCCUGGCGUUGACUUGUGGAUCCGACCUGAGCUUGGUUCACGUUGCAACUCCAUCGUUUCGAUUCAAGCAAUUGGACACAGACACUGACCUGAACACCGCUCCAUCAGCAUUGCAACGACAAGCCCAUUUGGAGAGUCUCAUGAAGACCAGUCGAAAGCAGCAGCAGCAAAUGUCUCUCCGCCUGCACGGCGGGCACGUGGAAUUAGCCGGUUGCGGCGACGAGUAUGGGUACGAAGACUUCGAAGCGCUUCCUCCAUCCUUUGGAACGAGCAGCCGAAGUCAUGCGUCGUCGUCGUCGUCGUCCACCCCCACCCACGACGACAUGGUGCACUUUCUCGGUCCUGCCGAGAACAUCAAGACCCUGUUCAAACUGCCGUACUCGAACAGCCGCGUGUCGCUCGCUAUCCAUCGAGUGGGGAACACGCUGAUCGUGGACGGCGAAGUGGAUGAAACGGACUUGCCCCGCGGGUUCGACGCGUGCAACGAAGUGCUCCAGCCCGACCAACCUUCCCAACGCACGUACCUGCCGUCGCCGCCUUCACAUUUGUACGAAAACUUCAUUUACCAAAGCACUCAGCUCAUCACUCCUCCACCAUCUUCCUCGUCAUCCCCUCCUCCAUUGUCAUCGCCAGUCCAACACUCACAACGACCACCACAUCCGCCAAACCCAUCGUCCAAGCGCCGCAAGGCACGCGCGCAGCUCCAGAAACAAGCCGACCGACAGCCAGACGUCGUGCCAGCGACGUUCGGUCGCACAUUCAGCUGGACGUUUCACGAUAUGAAAAUGCUCCUAGGCAGCGACGUUCAGUUGUUUAGCAACAAGGACCACCCGGCCGUAUCGCUCAAGCUGCACGACGUGAACGACGAGUUGUCUCUGUGUACAGCACUGGACUACUACUUGGACAACGUGAUUGCCAACAUCCCAGAGUUGGCCAUUUGCAUGCAUUCCCACGGGUAUGUUCGAGGAUACCAGCUCCUUCAAACCCGCGACAUUCCAUAUCUCAACGGCGCCGCAUCCCGCCCGCUGUUUGAUGUCCAAGAUGUUGACAUGAAUGCGACCAUGUUGCUUCGGUUCCUGCAGCAAAACUGCACAGCAUCCAAUGGCACGUACUGGCUGUUUCGAGAAGAAGGCAGUCGGUCUCUGCGCCUAUACGAUGUCCGCAUGCUAUCCCAAGGCAAGCAGCGCAAGUGGAAGUACAUGAUGGCGAUGCUGUGCUACCGCUUCGCGUCGCGCGCCGGCCGCCUCGUCGUCGCCGCCACGGCCUCCCCCACGCUUCAGCAUCGGCUGCGUCUGCGACAGCGUGAGCUGCUUGCCACGUGUCUCGAGCUGCUCGACGAAAUCCGCACACAACCCCCACAGACAUCAUCAUGCCAUCACCACCCCCAACAUCCAUCGAUGUCCCCGAAAGACUCGAUCUCGGCCAUGGUGGAAGAGGCCAUGGCAGACACAUACCUCCACGGAAUGCUGCUGGCAACGCCCCACGACUCGAUCGAAGCGACCGCCAGCGCCCUUCCGCACCUCGUCCGCAGCAUCCGAGUGCUUGAAGGAUGCGCACUCCAUCACACUCGGCAGCAACAAGCAGACCCCCCGUCUCAAGACAAUGGUGACGACAAUCGUGACAAUGACAAUGACGACGACAAUGGUGACGAUGUGGCAGAGUUUAUGCAAGAGGAAGUGCUCCGACUCAAGCUCAAACACUGCUCGGCGUGUCUCCAUCUAGCUACUCUGUACUUGGACACCAAUAUGCAUGCAAAGAUGCUCACAAGUCUGGCGGACGCGUGCAUGUUCAUGCCCGUAGACGCGGUGCCCGCCCAUCCCCGCCAUGUGUUGCUGUCGGUCAUCACGAGCCUGGAUUUCUUUUCCACGCUGGCGACGGAAUUGGAUUUUGGAGGCGCGGCGGCGUCCUCCACGAGAUCGUACAAGUCGUCCAAUGGGUCGUCCAAGCAGUGCCAGUCCAUGGCACAUGCCCGCGCUUGUGUGCUGGAAGUCAUCGGGGAUGCCGCCAACGUGCUCGACACCAACGACGCACCCACGGCCGCCGCCUUGUUCCACGCGUUUGCGGUCGUCAGUGGAGGUCUGCUGCCGUCGCACUGCUACGACCACGAAGCAUCCGUGGCCAGUGUAUGGGUAAAGCAGCAUUCCGCUGCGGCCUCGUCCAUGGUGUCGCCAGACACGGCAGAAUCGCUGCGUUAUGUGGCGUUCUUUGCCUACUUGAACGCCCUGGAGCCGCAAGUGCCUGCUGAUUCGUUCUUUGUCUUGAUGAAGAAAUUGGGCAACGCAGCCAACGAAUUGGGCAAAUUUUACCUCGGACGAAGCGAUUUCACAGCAGCGUACCUUUGGUUUGAAGGCGGGAGUAUACUAUUCGACACCAUCGAAGAUGGGGUCAACACGGCUUUGAUCUAUGCCAACUUGGCUCACUUACACAAAGUGUUGGCGGAUACCGAAGCAUCCACAGCCGCAGAAUCGCAUUAUGCCCACGCUGUGCAGCUCUGCUUCAAAGCCCAAGCCAAGCUCAAAAGCGCCAAGGCGGGGCCGCCAUUGCAUGCCAAAGUGAACGGCGAGCUCGCACUCACGUAUCUUGUGUGGGCCGUGCACUUGGCCAAAACUCAAGACAACCAUUUGGGGGUGCUGGAGAAGUUUAACAAGGCGCUUAAUAUGUACGUGGAGCUCCGCGACCGCCGCCAAGUGGCCGCCACGCAUUACCAGAUGGCCUCUUACUACAGCCAGCAACAGGUGAAAACCAAGCAGCGCAUGGAGGCGGCCCGUCGACACUAUGAGAAAGCGCUCGAGUACUUUGGCGGUGUCGAAGUCGGCACGACAUUCGUGAUGAUUCACAAACAGCUCGCGGAAUUGUACGCGUCGUCCACCAAAAUGGAAGACGUCGAGCACGCGCUGCUCGUGGUUCUCAAUACAUUUGAUGCGUUCAAACGCGUAGCCACACUGCCACGUCAUGAACAGGCCGACUUGGAAUCGAUGGCGCCGACGUUGGUGCUGCGGCUGCAAGAGUACCUCCUUCAGCUCAUCCGACUCGGGUCGGCGUCCACCAAGCCCGCCAUGCAAGCCACAAUCACUCGAUUUAAAGCCAUGUACAGGCUAACGAUCGACCAGAACACUCGGCCAUUCGCGCACCUGUUGCUCGCGUUACGGAAUAUGUACGAAUAAUAUAAAAUUAUGUCCAAAUUUGGAAAUAGUAGGUGUAUACUGCUUGGGAUAUCUAUCAUCAAUCUAACGCAAACAUAUGCAUUGGGCGAUGAUCCAUCGAGUUCGAGUUCACAGUUGCCCCAGGAACGUCAUCCACGACAGCAU